AUGAAUUCAAAUUACGUACGGCAAGCAGCGAGUCAAAUUAAUAGAUACCAUAAUCAUCAACAUAAUGGUACUACUCAUCAAUUUCUACAGUUAUUAAAUGAAACUAUUUUAACCCCUUUUGGUGACAUCUGUAAGGCUAAUAUCAUAACAAGUGGUUACUAUUCAUUGGUUUAUCAAUCAAAAUUAUUAGUUAACAACCAUUCAAGCAACUUUCCAAUACUUUUUAUAUCUUGCCUAGGUAGGAAUGAUACCUAUUAUUUCAAGGAUUUUUUAGAACAAAUAGAAACAAUUGUAAUACCUACUAAUGACGACAAUAAACCAGUUCAAUUGUUCCAUCAUUUUUUAAAUCAAAAUACAUUCCUCAAUGGAUUGAUAAUGAUUACAUUUGUUGCAUCAUUCAUUUGUUUUGGUAGUUGGAUGAUAUAUCUAAUUUUACUGCUAUUACCAGUAACAAAUCAUAACAGUAAACGUAAGUUGGUUCAUGUUUACAUUUUAGCAUCAUGUAUAUUCGAAUCUGGAAUCAAUGGUGUUGCAAUAAAAUACGUUUAUAAACCAGAAUAUCUUGAAAAUUAUGAAGACCCUGCUUACUUCGAAAGAAAAAUAAUCAGUUCUAGAACAUUUAAAGUAUUUGAAUUAUUAGUCAACUUCUUAUGUUGCAUUAAUUGGAUUAACAUAAUAUAUUAUAUGCAUCAUAACUCUAAGAGAAUAGUAACAAAAAUUAUUCCAUUUCCUGAGUGUAUUAGAAACAACAGAAAUAGAUUCAUUGUUUUAGGAGGCUUAUUAUUGACAUUAGUAGAUGAAUUAUUCUAUACUUUACUUUUAACAGAUGUCUCAUUUCUAUAUGUUUCUAUAUCUUACAAAAUAAUAGAAGGGUUCAGUUAUAUUCUUUUUUCUUCAUUAGUUGUUGCAUAUAUUUGGCAUGAUUUUGGCUAUACUCUUAGACCAAAUCAUGUCCAAGAUAAAAAUAGGAAGUUAACCUUUGGUGAAGUAACAAAGAUACUUUGGAGGUCAUAUCAUUCUACUGUACCUCUGAUAAUAUACAAUGCGAUAGUAAUUUUAUUACUAUUCUGUGUAUUCUUCUUUUUUGUUGCUAAUAAGUUCAACAAAUUUUCUUGGAGGUAUGGUAUUCUAAGAUUUUUAAAGCUGCUAGUUACUAUAAAUACAUGGGGGUUGAUAGGAGUCUUCGAAAGAAGAGCUAGUAUUCUGGGCAAAGAAACUGUUUUAGGUAGAAAAAUUGAUAACACUGAUAGAUUUUUUGUUGAUCCAGCUUUAGAUUAUUUAACAGGAAAUGAAAAAUCAUUUGAUGAAGAAACUGGGAAUUUAGAUUCUGGGAAUGAGUUGAAUACCAUGAACAGCUCGACUUUUAUUGGUGAUGAAAGAUUAUUGGAUCAAUCAAGAAAGUCAUCCUCAGUACGUCAAUUAUCUUUCCCAAAAAAUAUUUGGUCUUCAUCAAUGAAGUCUAUGAAGAAAAAAAAACUAUAUAAUACUUUCAAAAAUUCUUCAGACUCUGCUGGAAUACCUUUUAGUCAGAUUAAUUCUAGUUCAAAAGAGUAUUCAUCUAAUUCUGGUGGUAGGAAUGGUUCAGAGAAUCGACUACCUAAGACUAAAAGAAAUUUAAGCAGUUUAAAGAAUAUUGUUGCAAAGACUAGUGAUACUUAUAGGUCCAAUACUUCAUUAACACGUCAACGUUCCCAAGAUUCGAAUUUAGAGAUGCAAUCUGGUGGACACUUUUAUUACAACCAUGAGACUUAUGAAGAAGAUGAUGAGAACUCUAGUGUUGAAACUGAGUUAACGAGAAAUGUACUAUUCAAUCAUGAAAUUUAA